UAGUGGCAGUUAGAGGAAAAAGAAAGUUGAAUUAAGCACGUUGCUUAAAGGAACACAAAAUCAAAUUGUUGCUGGUUGUGAGUUUUUUAAAUAUAAUUAUUUAAAAAGUAAUAAUUUGCAAAAAGUAAGAGACCCAAUUAUUACUACCUAUGCGCAUGAUUAACGGAUUUACUCGCCUGUAUCACCGCAUGAGAUCUAUAAUUUGUUUUCUUGUAUCAGCUGUGUACGAUUUGAAAUCAAAACUUAAAUUUUUGAGCUGAGAAACACAAAAGACAAUAGGUUUCCUAUUGAAUAACUGAAUAAUGGAUGAUGUUGCUGAGAAAAUUGAGUUGAUUGACAUUCAAUUGGCAAAGGCAAUCAGCAAAAGAGGAGAAUUAAAUAGACUUAUAGCCAGGUUAAAGCAGGAAAAGGAUGAAUUGCAAUCCAACUACAAUUUGAAGAAAAGUUUGGACAUUGAUGAUAACUGGACUAAAACGAAUUUCCCCUGGUCAAAGGAGCUGCAGAACAAUUUGGAAAAAACAUUUCAUUUAAAGUCAUUCAGAAGUCAACAGAUAUGUGCAAUAAAUGCAACACUAUCGAACAAAGAUGUUCUGCUGCUGAUGCCCACUGGUGGUGGAAAGACAUUAUGCUACCAAUUGCCAGCAUUGAUUGGCAAAGGCAUGACCCUGGUUAUAUCACCUCUGCUAGCCCUCAUGGAAGAUCAGUUGAUCAAAUUAAAGAAAUUGGGUAUAAACUCUAUUUCCAUGUCAUCUGGAACUCCCAAGGAGAUUAAGAAUCAAGGUUUCCAGUACCUAUCAAAAGGGGUUGGUAACCCAAUAAAAUUCAUGUAUGUCACUCCUGAAUGGCUGGCGAAAAGUAAAAAGUUCAUGUCCGGUUUGCAAAAGUUGCAUGAGGCUAAAAAAUUGGAUAGGAUAGCUAUAGAUGAGGUCCAUUGUUGUUCUCAAUGGGGUCACGACUUUCGCCCUGAUUACAAAUACCUCGGUUUGCUGAAAGGUAUGUUCAGCGAUGUUCCUAUUAUUGGAUUAACCGCGACUGCCACGACUUCGGUGCUAUUAGAUAUACAGAAUAUGCUGGAUAUUCCUGGUUGCGCUAUAAUUCGCGCUCCAUUCGAUAGACCAAAUUUAAAAUUUAAGGUCGUUGCUAAACCGGACAAAUCUGAAGAAUGUUUGAGCUUGCUGGAGAAGCUGCUAACUAAAAAGUAUAAAGAUGAAUGCGGGAUUAUAUACACAGCAACGAUCAAGGAUUGCGAGGAAGUAACAAAGGGUCUGAUGGCGAGGGGUUUGAAGGUGAAGCAUUACCAUGCUGAGCUGCCGGAUGAGAGGAGAACGAAGACACAUAACAGUUGGUUGAAGGAUGACGUUCGGGUUAUUGUUGCAACGGUGGCAUUCGGUAUGGGCAUUGAUAAGGCUGACGUGAGAUUCGUCGUACAUUAUUCCGUACCUAAGAGUAUGGAAACGCUGUAUCAGGAAAGCGGACGUGCUGGAAGGGACGGAAAGAACGCCGAAUGCGUGGUGAUGUUCAAGCUCUCUGAUUACCUGAAGAACUCUGGUUACGCCAGGUCGAAGACUGAGAUUAAGAACGCCCUCUCGGUAUUAGAAUAUUGCCUGGAUAAACGCAAUUGUAGGCAUUACUUAAUAGGUCUGCACUUUGAGGAAUCGAAAAUCAAAUCCUGCAACACGAUGUGCGAUAACUGUGAUAACAAGUCCACUCUAGAAACGUACGAUAUUAAAGAAGCCUGCAGCGAUGUGUACCAGAUCUUGGAGCACGCCGCCAUCGCCGAGAAUAAUUUGACUGCGAACAAGUUGAUCGAUCUCUGGAUGAAACCUAAAAUCAAGAUAAAGAAGCCGAAUAUUAGCAAGGAGGAAGCGGAAUAUCUUGUCGGGCACUUAAUACUGAAGGGAUGCUUGAGGGAAGAGAAAAGUUACACGCCUUACUCGGUGAAUUGUUACCUGAGGAAGAGUCACUCCACGUCGCAAAUUGAAGUUGUCCUAAAUGCAAGCGCAUCUCUUGACAAUUACCUCAAGCGAAAGCGGAAAGUCAUCGAGAUCGAUGACUCUGAAGAUGAGACCAAUUCCAAAUCGAAGUCGAAGAAAAGCAAAUAAUUAUAAUUAUUUUGUUUGAAAUUUAAGAUCUGCACUUGUUUUAAAGACAUUGUAUUAUGUAAUCUAAUAUUUAUUCUUCUUGUGUCAAACUGACGCCAUUUCUGGAAAGUAACUAGUCGUUAUUUCUGUAGCUCU